GGGAGGCAGAGCAGAAGGGAGAGGACAGCGGGGUCUCACACACUCCCCCAACACCUGCACCUGGUCACUAGAUUCAGGCAGGAUCCGAGGAUUCACAUCACCGUGGCCAUCCGUGCGUAAAGUUAGCGCGUAAAUGUUGCCUGGGAGAAAUACCGUCGACUGAUUAUAGGCAGCUUUUCUCUUUCUCUUCCCCCUUUCUCUCUCUCCCCCCCCUCUCUCUUUCUCUUUGCAAACCUAUCGGAUUGUUUUAUGCCUGCGCAGCGCCGUCGAGGGACAUUUUCCAAUCCGGCUCCGAGGCACGAAACGCGGGGAAUGCAGCUCUAACAUCUCGCAAGUUUUCCCUUUCUUCCCGUUUUUGGAUCUACUUGCAUCGAGAAGAGUCAGAAAAACAAAAACAAGAUUUAGAUCUCUGUGGGCUACCUGCAUGACUGUUACCAUGACAGCCUGUGGAGCCGCCCUCCUCCUGUUGGCCCUCAGUGUUUGCAGAGGCCUGCAGCAGUCGGCCCCGCGGAUACGCCUCUCCUUCAAAGAGCUGAUGGACACCAGGGCGGCGCGGCCCUUCAGUUUCUCCUUCAACACCAGCGACUACCGCAUCCUGCUGAUGGACCAGGACCAGGGCCGGCUGUACCUGGGCAGCCGGGAGUACCUGGUGGCUCUGGAUAUGCACAACGUCAACAAGGAGCCGCUCAUCAUCCACUGGCCAGCGUCUGCGAAGAGAAAGGGAGAAUGUCAGAUGACGGGAAAGGGAAGACAGGGUGAAUGUGCCAACUUCGUGCGUAUGAUCGAGCCGUGGAACCGCACCCACCUGUACACCUGCGGCACGGGGGCGUACCAGCCCAUCUGCACCUUCAUCAACAGAGGCUGGAAGGCGGAGGACUACCUGUUCAGGCUGGUGCCCGGGUACGUGGAUUCAGGGAAGGGGAAAUGCUCCUAUGAUCCAAAACAGGAGAACAUCGCAGUUCUGAUCAACGGUAACCUGUACGCUGGCGUCCACAUCGACUUCAUGAGCACGGACGCUGCUCUGUUCAGGACGAUGGGCGGCCGGACGGCCAUCCGGACGGAGCAGUACGACUCCCGCUGGCUGAACGAGCCCGUGUUUGUUCAGAUCCAGAAGAUCCCUGACAGCGCAGAAAGAAACGACGACAAGCUCUACUUCUUCUUCCGUGAGAAGAGUCUAGACUCCAGCGGGGGGGGCGAGCCCCAGCGUCUUGGCCCGAGUGGGGAGAGUGUGUCUGAUCGAGGCACCGUCCAGAAAGUGAUCGUGUUGCCGAAGGACCCGACCAGCAUGGAGGAGCUGACGCUGGAGGAAGUGGAGGUUUUCCGGUCCAGAGCUCCAGUGAAAACCAUGAAGAUAUCGUCUAAGAGACAACAGCUGUACGUGUCGUCGGACGCGGGGCUGACCCAGGUGUCUCUGCACCGCUGUGGGGUUUACGGCCGGGCGUGCUCAGACUGCUGCCUCGCCCGAGACCCUUACUGCGCCUGGGACGGGGAGAGCUGCUCCGCCUUCACCCCCUCCACCAAGAGGAGGAGCAGAAGACAGGACGUUAAACAUGGAGACCCUCUGAGGCAGUGCAGGGGCUUCAAUGCCAAAGUGGAGAAGCGUCUGAGGGAGACGGUGCAGUUCGGGGUGGAGGGCAGCAGCACCUUCCUGGAGUGCCAGCCUCGCUCUCCUCAGGCCUCGGUCAAGUGGCUGUUCCAGAGGGAGGGGAGGAGGAAAGUGCUCAACCGUGUGGGAGGAGUCCUGAAGACCAACCACGGCAUCCUUCUGAAGUUUCUGAACCAAUCAGACGCGGGGCUGUACCACUGCCUGGCCACGGAGAACAACUUCAAACACACGGUGGCCCGCGUGGCGCUGCGCAUCCUGGACCGGGACAUCGUGCUGGCGCUCACCGCUCAGGACGAGGACGAGCAGCCCAAAACUCGCCAGGCGGGGGCGGGGGGGGCGUCUCAGUCGUCCCUCGCCUCCACGCCGUUCCCCCCGGAGAUCAGACUGAUAAACCAGUACUGCCAGUCGUACUGGGAACAGCUAAGCCCCCGGCAGCAGCAGCGCAAACGCACCAGCCGCCGGCACACAGAGGGCCAGGACCAGGGCCUGGGCUAGAGCACGGACCCCCCCCCCCCCCCCCCAACACCCAAUACUGUGGACUUUAUGGUGGACUUUUUCAUUUUUUUACAUGCACGUUUGUGUGUCACUUCCAUGCAUUAGGCGAGUGAUGCCUUCAUGCUGUCGUUAAAGUGCUAUAUUUGUGGUUUUGCAGGAGUUUCAGCCUCGAAAAUACAUGUUGUGUAUGUUUUAUGUUACCUGAGAUCACUUCAGAACCAGAAUCAGAAUCAGGUUUGACCAGGUAGGUUAACACGUACGAGGAAUUUAACUUGGCGUCGUGCUGCAUACAUAAGUAAAAAAAACAAAAGAAAACACAGACAGCAAACUAUUUUAAAAACACUAUAAUAACAUUACAAAAGAAUAAUACAAAUAUGGUAAAAUAUAAAAUAAAAUAAAGCAGUCAUUUACACUGAAAUAGAAUGCAAUAAAAUAUAAUAUAUAUAUUUUUUUUAAAGAAUCAGAAUCGGGUUAAUCACCAAGUAGGAAUUUGCUCUGGCGUAAUGGUGCAUACAUAAACACAGUAAGAGGUAUACAUUGCGGAAAACAAGCAAAAAUAGUCCUAUUAUUAAAACUUUUAUAAAACAAAUUAAAACAAAUCCAAAAUAAAAUAUAAAUGGAUUUGUUUAUUUCUGUCAGGGAUCAGCUUGUGUUACAUUACAUUACAUUGCAUUUAGCUGACGCUUUUAUCCAAAGCGACUUACAAUAAGUGCAUUCGACCAACAAGAUACAACCUUGAAGAAAACAGAAUCAUAAAGUACAUCAGGUUUCAUAGAGCCAAAACAUUUCAAGUGCUACUCAACUGGCUUUAGGUAAGCCAGUCCUUUAUUAGUAUAUAAGUGCUUUGUUAAUAGUUCUAUCGCUCGAAGUGGAGUCGAAAGAGAUGAGUUUUCAGUCUGCGCCGGAAGAGUGUUAAGUUUGACAUCAAAUAAUCCUUAUACAUAUUUAAGAUUCCUCACAUAUCAUAUUUGUUAUUGUCUCAAUGGUGUGUUCAGGUGCUUUGGGAAACGCCAGCCUCCUUGAAUGUGGAAGAACAACAUUUGAAGUCGAAGAAACUAUUUUCACAACAACAAUAUCUGCUGAUCUGCUUCUUCUAGGUUUUAUUCUCCAACCAAAUUACCUUUGUGAGCAGAGAUUGUCACGACCUGAUUCUCAAAUGUCGCAUUGUCCUUGAAUGCACCAACAAACAAAUCAUUCCUAAACAAAUUGUGAUGGAUCAGAACUUAGCUUUGUUUCAUGUAAAGUAUAUGCAGCAUGUUGCAUCCUGCAAAACCACAGGUAUGGUACAGUCAAUUAUCCAGAAACAGAAAUGUAAUAUAUUGAUUGUGAAUAUAAUAUAUAUGGUCAUUAGAUUACUCUUGUAUUGUAUGAAGAUAAUAUGAUGAUAUAAAUGCAUAUGUUGCAUGCAUAUCUGUUUGUUGCAAGUUGUACAUUUUACUCAGUGUGUGAUGAUGUUUGUAAGGUGUCAUGUGUUACGUUAAGCUAAUUCCAUUGGAUGUUGUCAUAUAAUGACUCCUUCUGUCCUGUGCUUUAGUCAAACCUCCAGUAUGUGAGUGUUGAAGAUAUGCAUAGCAUACAGUGUUCUUCCAGUUAUGCACUUUGUCGGUGGUGGUGUUCGAGGGAAUUUGGGGAUCUUUGCACAGAUGUAUGAGAAAAUAAACCUUUUUAUUUUAUGUACAGUAUGUUAUUAAAAAAAUGGGAUUGGAACUGGCUCAGAUUUAGUGUUGAUUGUUGGUGUUUUGUCAUAUUCUGUGUUUUUAAGAAGGCUCUUUUUAGUCAGAGCCGUUCACCGUCAUUGUGAGUGACACCGUGCUGUGUGCCGUCAUGGAUCACUCUGGAAAUGUUCCAACAAAUAUAUAAAACAUUUCAGAAUCAUC